UUGUGAAAUGUUACUGGUGAAGUAUGUGGAAUCUGAAGUGUCCAGUCCUUGUGGAUGUGAAGAGCUCAGAGUCCCUUAAAUUGGAGCAAAUCUGGUUUGCAGACAGACCAAGGAAUUGUUAAAUCCUGUUUUGCUUCUUAGCACGUUUCCUUAACAAGUUGGAGUUGGAGCGAGCACCUGCCAACCAAGGGUUUGUUGGUGGUCACUGCAGUGUGUCCAGGAUUUUUGGUUUUCGUUUUAUACCUGUGAAUUUUCUGUAAUCCAAAGAUGGCAGCAAAUAAGCCUAAGGGGCAGAAUUCGCUGGCUUUACAUAAAGUCAUCAUGGUGGGAAGUGGUGGUGUAGGAAAAUCUGCUUUAACACUACAGUUUAUGUAUGAUGAGUUUGUAGAAGAUUAUGAGCCCACCAAAGCUGACAGCUACAGGAAAAAGGUGGUUCUGGAUGGGGAAGAGGUGCAAAUUGAUAUAUUGGACACAGCAGGGCAGGAGGACUAUGCUGCAAUUAGAGACAACUACUUCCGAAGUGGAGAAGGCUUUCUUUGCGUUUUCUCUAUUACAGAGCUGGAGUCAUUUGCAGCUACUGCAGAUUUCAGGGAGCAGAUCUUAAGAGUAAAAGAAGAUGAGAAUGUUCCUUUUUUGCUAGUAGGUAACAAAUCAGAUUUGGAAGAUAAAAGGCAAGUUUCUAUAGAAGAAGCAAAAAACAGAGCUGACCAGUGGAAUGUUAACUAUGUGGAAACUUCUGCAAAAACACGAGCCAAUGUUGACAAGGUGUUUUUUGAUUUGAUGAGAGAAAUUAGAGCCAGAAAAAUGGAGGACAGCAAAGAGAAGAAUGGAAAGAAGAAAAGAAAAAGCCUAGCUAAGAGGAUCAGAGAAAGAUGUUGCAUUUUAUAAUCAAAACCCCGAAUUCCUUUCCUACUUUGACCAUACUAAUAAAAAACCAUAAUUUAUCAGCAUGCCAUUGAAGGCUCAAGUGACUGAAAUUACUCUAACAUGUUGGAAAUUGUAAUGUACCACUAAAAGCAUGAAUUGGAGCUGCACUGAAAGUCAAAUUCACUGAAAAAGAUUGAUGUGGCUUCAAGAGAAGCAAACCAUUUCAUGAUCGCCUACCUUCUCACAUUUCUUCUGAAUGUAGUGUUUCAUGGGGAGUCUUUUCUUUAUUAGUAAAUGGGGGGAAAUAUUACUUUGUGGUUUCUUGUAAAGCAUACUUUUUUAUCAUUGAUAAUUGUCACUUUGUCUUUCGUUGCCUUGAAAAUUCCAGUUGUGAACGUGAUACCUAACAGGAGGUGGUUUUGCCAUGGAGUUGUGCAAAGCAGGAAAGAAUAAUGUACAUGCCAACAGUUAUGCUGAGGAAAAUUCUACGUGGCUCCGCAUUACCUGAUUAACCUACAAGAGUGAUGUAAUCUUCUACAUUGAAGCAUUUGAACAUGCCUUAAUUUUAAAACCUAAAGCAGCAGGUUGCUUAGUCAAGGGUGUAUUUUCAGCUUGUUGCAUGGAGACUCUCCCUGCGCAUCAGUGCGAGCCUGCCCUCUCAGCAGAGUGCAGUUCCAGGAAUGAUCUCGCUAACUAGCUGUCUGCUAGCGGUGUCUGUUCUUCAGAUGUGUGCCAUCCUAUGGUUUUGUGAAUAAUACAGAGCAUAUUCAGUCAUCUGUAGCUUGGUGAACUAUAUGGCAUCUUAUAGCUGAAAGGUCAGAAUACGUGUAAGAUGGAAGUCAAAAGCCUGUGGCACAUCCGAGCCUGGAAUGGCUGCUUAGAACUUAACGUACUGAUACCUUGAAGCUUCCCUGUGCGAGUAGAUGUUUGUCUAGGUGUUCCUUGGGUUUAAACUCCCUGGAGUAGGGUGGGGUGGAGCUGAUUCAGUAGCGCUGCUGUGUUUUGAGUUAAGAUGUUGUCUGGGAAAUUCCAGUGCCAUCGGUUAAUUUCUUUUGUGCUCCUGACACUCAGCUGCAGGAACACAGUGUGUUAUGCUGAAGCUCGCUGCAGGUUUUGUACUGUUUAGUCUACUUUAUGUUGAUUUUAAAAUGGGGAACAUUGUAGCUACUUUUUCUAGUUAAUGUUGAUAUUAAACAAUCAAAGAUGCUUUUACAAUACAGAAACAUUUACCGUGGACAUCCAAAAUCCCCAAACAAAAUGUACUGCCUCAGUUGCUUCAGAAUAGCAGGAAUACCUGCACGUGAUGAGUGAGUGUGCUGCAUCUUAACUAAAAAUAUACCAGAAGGUUUGAGGGUUUUGGACUCCUCUGGGGCCAGGUGGGCUGGAUCAAUUCCACAAACUUACACUUUUUAUACAUGUGUAAGCCUAUAACUGACAGUUUAAAAUGUGCUCAAGCAAACUAGGUAACAAAUAUUUAACUUUCGUGCUAACGGACAUUCUAGGGGCUCAAGUCUUAGAAGUUAUCUUUGUCACGUUAAAUAUUUAUCAGUAGGAAUUUUGUAUGUGUGUUAGUAGACUGCCAAGUGCAGAAUUAAAGUUACUCAUGUAACUAUGGCAAAUGAGCCAGACAUCAUCUUCCUGUGUACUCAUUUUGGUCUACUUAGCCAGGGAGUCUAACCACUAACAUUGUGACUUUGCUUUGGAGUCUGUCUGCUGGGAGCUGAGGUGUUAUGAAGCCACCAGACAUACGAAACUUGUCUCGGCUGAUGCCUUACCCUGUCCUUUUCUUUGCUAUUUGAGCCAUUCAAAGAUGAAUAAACUUCCACUUUUUUUAAA